AUGGCUCUCUAUGAGUCUAAGACCGAGCUCUGGGACCUGGACAUCAAUGUGAUCCAGCCAGAGGAGAAAGGUCCAGAUCCAGCCACAGAUGGAAACAGCGGUACCAAGCCGUUCAGGGACGCGUUCCAACGUUAUAUCCAGCCCUGUCUGGCAGAGCUGCUGGGUUCAUCUCUGUUUAUCUUUGUGGGGUGUCUGUCUGUGAUCGAGAACACGGAGGGCACCGGGAGGCUGCAGCCGGCCCUGGCACACGGCCUGGCCCUGGGCAUCGUCAUCGCUGUGCUGGGGGAGAUCAGUGGGGGGCACUUCAACCCAGCAGUGUCUGUGUCUGUGUUUCUGAUCGGGGGUCUCAACAUCAUACUGCUGGUCCCCUACAUACUGGCUCAGCUGUGUGGAGGGAUGAUAGGAGCAGGACUAGCCAAGGUGAUUUCCCCAUCCAUGAACUAUGCCAAAGUUUCAGGGGCAGCAUUCAACACAGUGCAGGCAGACACCCAGAUAGUACCAGCCACGGUGGCAGAGGUGAUCAUGACUCUGUUCCUGACGAUGGUGGUGUGUAUGGGGGCCGUGAAUGGACGCACCCGCAGCCUGUUGGCCCCUCUCUGCAUCGGGCUGACCGUGACCGCAGACAUCCUGGCUGGGGGAGCAGUGUCUGGGGCAUGUAUGAACCCAGCUCGUGCCUUUGGCCCGGCCGUGGUGGCCAACUACUGGAGCUACCACUGGAUCUACUGGGUGGGACCCAUGUCUGGAGCCCUGCUAACCGCCAGCUUCAUACGAUUACUGCUUGGGGAUGAGAAAACCAGAGUUCUCUUGAUGUGA